UUGUUUUCUUACUCUAUAGAAGUGUGCAGCGACUGCAUUGCUUUCACAUCAUGUCCGAGCGCAGUGGAGUUAGCAAUAAACCAUCUAGACAACUCCACAAAGACCAAAUUCAUAGAAUCCCUUUGUGGGCAUGAAUACGAUCAAAUUAAAUGGAUGCCAAAGAUAUGUUGUUCUGAUUUCACCCUUGCCUCACGGACCGGGGAAGUGGGAACAGAUGUUGUAACAGGCACAGCUGAUUCACAUCCGAACAUGAGACUUUUGCCUGACACUUGUGGAGACAUCGAGGGAAAUCGCAUCAUCGGUGGCAGGGUUGCCAAAAUUUACGAGUUCCCAUGGAUGGCCCUCAUUUCUUAUAAUACACGUGAGGGGCUCCAGUUUCAGUGCGGCGGGAGUAUUAUAAACUCAAGGUACAUUCUAACCGCUGGUCAUUGUGUUGCCGGGUCCCAUAAGAUUGCAGGAGUUCGUAUCGGAGAAUUCGAUAUUCGUUACAAAAUUGAUUGUCAAGGAGAAGAACCAAAUUUCGUCUGCGAAUCUCAUCUCCAGGAUAUUCGAGUUGAAAACAUUAUUCUUCACGAGUCCUACACAGGAUUACCAUCUCCCUCUAAUGACAUAGCUCUUCUGCGUCUAAGCAAACCAAUCAACUUUAACUUCAAAAAUGCAUUACCAAUUUGUCUACCCGUGACGGAAGAUCUGCAAAACUUUGAGCUUGGAGGCAAAGUUGGCACUGUAGCCGGUUGGGGGCUUACAGAAACUGAAAAGUAUUCUCCCGUUCUUCUUAAGGUCAACGUUUCUAUAAAAACUGGCGAAGAGUGCAGUCAGUAUUAUAACAGAAGUCCCGGGCCAAACGAAGGUGAUAGAACUUUGAACUACAUUUGCGCUGGUGAACAUUUAAAAGAUAGCUGCAACGGUGACUCCGGUGGUCCUCUAAUGUUAGAAGUAGAGUACAAGGGAAUCAACAGAAAUAUACAGUACGGUAUUGUGUCUCAUGGCCCUAAACAAUGUGGUUCAGACUUCCCUGGAGUAUACACUGCCGUCACCAAAUACAUAAAAUGGAUCUUAGAUAAUAUUAGGGACUAA